AUGAAAGCAUGUUCAAAUUUUGUUGCGCAGGAAUGGAAAAAACACGAGUGUCGGAACUGCUUUCAGAAGAAGGACAAUCAUAGUGGCAGCCAAGCAACAAUAACAGCUGAUUCAACCGUAUCGUCGUCAAUGCCUGACAAAAAACUAAACUCUUUAUCACCUAAUAAACCAAAUAGAAAAUUUUCAAAACAUGAUGAUGAAUUCCAUACAACUCUUCCGAAACCUCCAUCAAUGAACAGAAGCCGCACAUCUGAUACUACGGAAUCAAAUGUGUUAUCAGUGGGUUCUAAUCGAGAUGAUAUGCAUUCUAGCGAACUAAUCCCAUGCCGAUAUGGAGUAAACUGCUAUAGGCGAAAUCCGACUCAUUUUGAAAAAUAUUCUCAUCCAAUCGAGUUUAUAAUCGAACCAGUAGCCGUCAAACUAGUUACUGGUUUAUCUUCGGAACAGGAAAUUUAA